UUGAAAAUUAGAGCUGAUCCUGAGGCUGAGCUGUUGACUUUCGUGUGUCUGAGCAGAGGAAAACACAAAAAUUUUCAGACCAUUUCUAUGUUGAAAGUAAAGUAUAAGUAAAGUAAAAGCAGGAUGGCUCCAAAGCGGCAAUACACCAUGAAGGAGGUCUUUGAAGAGUGUCAACAAGGUCUUCAUACACACAGCAAGUUGACGACAGCACUGCUAAAGAAUUAUCAGCAGGCCGAGGAUAAAGCAGCAUUCAAUGAUGAAUUUGCUGGAUACCUGAAGUAUUCGAUGAUCAUCUUCAAGCGGGAACCUGCGGUUGAACGGACCCUGGACUUUGCUGCAAAGUUUGCUGCGUCAUUUGGCGUUGAAGAAGGAAAGGAGAAUCAAUCAGAGGACGAAGCAACUUUUCUCACGUUCCUUUUUGAUUUUCUCUUGAAGUCUCACAAUGGGCGUGACCGUGCAGUGCGUUUCCGUGCUUGCCAGAUGAUCAACAAACUCCUGUCCAACCUAGGGGAGGAGGCCCAGAUCGAUGACGACCUCUACGACCGCAUCUAUCGCUGCAUGCUGGCCAGGGUCCAAGACAAGUUUCCUGCCGUGCGAGUCCAGGCGGUCAUGGCACUUGCUCGUCUCCAGGAUCCUUCUGAUCCUGACUGCCCAGUGAUUAAAGCAUACCUUUAUCUGAUGGAGAAGGAUGUGAACUUUGAGGUGAGGAGAACAGUCCUGUCCUGUAUCGCUCCUGCAUCCCAGACCCUUCCAGCCAUCCUGGAGCGAACCAGGGACAUCAAAGAUACUGUCCGUAAGAUGGCUUAUCAGGUUCUAUCAGAGAAGGUUCAUGUCAGAUCCCUCACCAUUUCACAGAGGAUCAAAGUCUUACAGUCUGGACUCAAUGAUCACUCAGACAUUGUCAAGGACAUCUGCUCUGGUAAGAUGCUUCAGAGCUGGCUGAGAGCCUUUGAUGGUAAUGCCAUUGAUCUUCUCAAGCGCUUGGAUGUUGAGAACUCCUGCACCACCGCAGAGCUCGCCCUGAAGACCAUUUUCGAGAAGGUUCCCAUCUCAGGAUUGGUGGAGGACUUUGAUCUACUGAAUGAAGAUCUUAUAAUACCAGUUGAGGAGCUGUCUUGUGAGGGUGUCUUAUACUGGCGCUGUCUUGUUGAACAUGUUCGAUCCAAGGGAGACGAUGUUCUGAUGGACAAGCUCCUCCCAACCGCCUCGGCUUUCUGCGACUAUGUCCUCAAAAACUGUAAUGAGAUAGAGACCAACGUCCAUAACAUGACGGCCGUGGAGAAUUCUUUGAGCAAGGAGUUUGUAGCCGAGCAUCUCCUCAAGAUGACCGCCAGCCUGGACCAGUCAGAUGAAGUUGGACGGAAGAAGCUUGACGGCCUUGUCCAAGACCUCCUGAUCGCCCCUCACGUGCCCCCGUCCCUCGUAGCUAUCCUCGUAACCCGUCUUAAAGAUUUCCAUAGCGAAGAUGAGGAACGGAUUGAGUUGAUGGCUCAGAUUAUAUCAGACAUCAGGGAACCGAUUACUACCGUGGAGAAGCCUGUAGCACCCGAGUUGAUUCGUCAGAGGGAACUCAAGCUUGCUAGCGUUCGGCUGGACCUUACCCAGGCCAGGGACGCUCUUGAAGAUUCCGUAGCCAACCAGGACUUUGGCCAGGCUGCUGAGAUGAAGAAGAGGGUCGAGGAACUGGAAUGCACCAAGAACUCCCUUCUUGAGGAAUCCCUGGUUAUGAACACCACACAAGAGAUUCGCACAGAGAAGAGUGAUCCAGAAACAUUGUUAAAGUGCCUGACGAUUGCAGCAGAGCUCAUGCAGCAUGUAUCGAUGAAGGAGCUUAACCCGACACUGCAGACUCUCUUCACUGUUCUGGUUCUCCCCGGUAUAACCAACGAGGAUGCAUCUGUCCGUAACAUGGCUGUGAAGUGUCUUGGUCUAGGUGCCCAGAUCAGCAGGGUUUUCGCUAUGCAGCAACUCCUGCUCCUCAUGCAGAUAUCCCAGGUAGAUCAGGAAACAGUCCAGGUAACGGCUCUCCAAGCGAUCUUUGACAUCGCCCAGACGUACGGCCUUGACAUCUUCACAUUGCCAGAGACCAGCUCCGAGAAACCUGAGGAAGGGAAGGACGAUGAAGAGGAAAAAGAGGAGGAGGAAGAAGGGGAAGGUACAACUAAAGACAAGGAGCAGUCUGCCCAGAGUGCAGCGAACAGCGCCCUCUCCAUUCUUACCAAGUUAUUGGAUUCGGAGAGCAAUGAGCUGCGCACCGUGUCUGCCGAAGGCCUGGCUAAGCUCCUUCUCUCUGGACGCAUCACCAGCCCCAAGCUGCUCUCCCGUCUCCUGCUGCUGUGGUACAACCCGACCACCGAGGAAGAUCAGCAUCUCAGGUCCUGCCUGGGUGCUUUCUUCCCAAUAUACUCGUUUGCAGGAAGGGUUCACCAGGAGUGUUGGGAGGAGGCUUUCCUGCUAACCUUGAAGACCCUCUUCAAUGCUCCAACCACCUCACCCCUGGCAGAGAUCAAUCCCAGCAAUGUAGCGGAGUUCAUGGUUCACCUCACAGAUCACACUAUGCUCAACGAUAAACAGGCCUCAGAUAUACAGGAGACAACUGUCCAUGACAAUCUAGCCUUGAAGCUGUGUAAUGCCAUCCUGAAGGACCCUUCUGCCCCAGGUACCCGGGUCUUGGCUAAGACACUCACCAUGCUGACUAUCAACGUGCAUAACAAGGUUCACCUUGCAGACAUCAAGGUCCUAGCUGAUAUGCUUCUAGACCAUGUUGAUGAGAAAGUUGCCCUGAGGCAAGUGGAGAAGUUCUCUGACAGCAUCGACAGCUUGUUAGGUGUGGAGAAUGUGGAUGAGGGAGAAAAGACAGAGGAUAGAACAGCUGCUGAGGGGGCAGACAUGUUGGAUAAGGAAAAUGAGGCUGGAGAGAAGGCUGAUGGAAAGAUGAACGAGACGGCUCGUAGUGUUGCCGCAGCUCAAGAGCUCUCUGAGGAUUGCAAGAAGGAGCUCGCUGCACAAGAACUGACGGGCAAGAAGAAGACCAGGGCUAGAGGCAAAUCAACCAAGACCCCUGCUGCUAAGAAGCCACUCAAGACUCCCAGUACUAGAGGCAGGAAGAAGGUAGUCAAAGAAGAAAUCACGAGUGACCAUGAGAAUGAAAGUGACUUGACAAGGUCAAAGGUGAAUGGUCGUGUCAGGAAUAUGUCUAAGCUUGCUGAAUUAGUAAUGUCUAGUGAUGACAGCGAUGCCGAGUUCCAAGGAAGAACGAGACAUUCCAAGAGAGACCAGGUUCUAAAGGUUCUCAACUUUGCUGAUGAUGACAGCUGUUAGACCACCAUCGCUCUCAACAUUUAUCAUGAGGGCAAUUUGAUAUUUGUAAUUAUCCUAUUUGUUAUCGUACAAAAAAAUCCUCGAGAGACAUUUGUAUAAAAUAUUUUUUCAUGCGCAGUCGGUAUUGCAUUCAUAAUUCAAUCUCUUGGGUUAAUUGAUAUUGAAAACGCUUUGAUAUUACCCCUUUCAUAUUGAGUAAAGUCAUUCGCAUGACUCUAGGAUACUCUUGAGUGUGAAAGGGCAUCUACGGCCGUUCUAUGCUGCUUUUGAGGCAAAAGCCUUUAUAUUCCAUCGACUUUGUACAGAAAAUAUUGCAAAUCUUUGUUGCUUGAUAUCUAAACAAGGCAUAACAGAUAAGAUGCAGCAUUGUGGUAGAAAAUGAACUUUGAGAUUGUAAGAAAAGUGAUCAUGAUCCUCAUUACAUUUAUUACGUUUGAAGUGAGUGUACAGGUGUGGAUACUGUGACAUACACGCUUUUUAUGUAAUCAUUGUAUUGGUACAUCUAAGUGGUGUAUUUAUGUAUUAAUGUAACAGAAAUGUACUGCAAGAAUGUUCAUGAUGAAAUGUAUGUCAAGUGAAUUUCAACCAUCUAUUUUGAUGCAAAUUAUUGAUCUUACUUUGGUAUUUGAUACAGAUAAUCGGUCUUAAAGUUGCUGCUAAUGGUUGUCUAUACAGUCCUGUCUGUAAUUUAUAUUGAUUCAAUUCAUUUCUUCUGCUUUCCAC